ACGGAACUGGCAUGGCCAGUGAAAUGUUUACAAAUCUUGUGUUUGGUUGUUGCGCUGAAAACUGAAAAGAUUAAAAUUGUGCAUUUUCCAGGGAACAUUGAAACCAAACGUUUAUUGUUAUCUCUAUCGGCAAUCCACUAAAGAGCUCACAGGCCGAAAAUCAAUUGUAAAAUUCAUGCAUGGAUGAAACUUUAUGUGUUUGCAUUCCAUAGUCAAAGAUCACCCAGGACUAAGAACAAAAACUUAACCACUGUUACAGUUCACUUGUUUGAAACUAUUCCAUUUUUUAAGGAUUAUUCUAGUAGAGGAAUUUAAAGGAAUUCAGUUCUUUAAUAUUUCACAAAAUGUCUUUCGCUGAAAAUGUUUCAAUUAAAGAAAACGAAUACCUAUCGAGAUUGGAAGUUGAUGAUGAAGAUGGAAAUGAAUACACAGAUAAAUGGAGUACCAAUGAACUUCUGUAUUUAGCGUCUGCUGUUGGAAGAAGCGGAGAUAAAAAUUGGGUAUCUGUAUCCAGAUCUAUAAAACUGUUUUCUGAUCUUAAACGCCCUUCUGAUUGGUAUAUACCAAAAAACUGUGCCCUUCAGUACACAAAGUUGUUAAAAGGAGUUGAAGAUUAUAAGAAAAAGUCUUUGCCGAGAACAGAGAGAGAGACAUCUGAAGAAUUACUUCUUAAGAAUUUGACAGAUAAACGAUUGCUUGAACUGUCAUGGCUCAAUCAACAAAUGAAAUCAACUGCAAGUUCUUUGAAAACUUACAUGGAUAUGCUGGAGAAUGGGGAGUUGGAUGACAAUUUGGAUGACAUGAUGAAACAAAUUGAAGAUUUGGAAAAGCGAGAGGAUGAAGGAAUGAAAGAGUGGCUGUCAAAGCGAGAAAGUCUGAAUGCUGCUAAGCGCCUAAACAAACGUCGAGUUCCACUCAAUAUGAGCAGAACACCCACCAAAUUAUUCGAUUCUAAACGAAAAAAUUCUCCUGGUCGAGAUAUGUCUGAUGAUGCAGCAUUGCAUAAAGCUACAAUUGAUGCCAUCAAAACAGAGAUUAUUGAUCCGGAAUAUGAGAUUCCCAGCAUCACAAAAAACGUUCCUAUCAAGCAGGAAAUAAUUGACUCAUCUCCAAGUUUAAAUGCUCUUCUUGACAAGCCAACUACCAUCUCUCCAAAGGCUCAGACUACCCCCACGUCACCGUUACUGACAUCGCUUCUUCGGAAUGUAGCUUCAUCCAGUCCUGGAUCUCUUAUUACGGCAACUAUUACUUCACCCUUGAAAGAGUUUGACGCAUCUGAACUUCUUGAACGCUCAAAGCUUUCUGUAUCAAUGUCUGAAAAGGAAGCAGGAAUUGUAAAAACUAAAGAGUCGCCCAGGAGCACUAUGCAGCAAAACAAUCGGCCCACUCCUGCUUCAUCUCCUCUUUUAAACUCUUUGUUGAAGAAUACGCCGUCUACUACAACUACCUUGCCUGUUCAGCUUCUCAAUCCUAAAGAUGCAAAUGUGGCAAAAGUUGUUUCAUCACCGCAAUCAUUUUUUAACCCUUCAAGUGCUUUAGCCACUGCAGCAGCUCAGCAGCUGGCUGUUGCAACAUCCACACUACCUCAAGGUCACCAGUUUUUUCAAAAUGAUUUAGGUGAUAAAUUGCUAUCACCUCCAGUCAGUUCUGCAUGUACUUCAGCUCCUACAUUAUCCAAACUGUUAGAAAUGCCACCGAGUACUCCCGGAAGAUUACCGCCACUUCCGAUCAUAGAUGCUCCAUCCUGUACUUCUACCCCAAUUUUAACUCCUACCGAAGCCAAUACGUCUAAACUGUUGCCAAAAGGCAACGAGAUCAAGUUGGAAAGUAUUCUCGAUUUACCGCUCAGCUCGUCCCCUCAAAAAAACAUUAUUUUAGACAAUGUACUGGAACACAUCUCCUUCCCCGAAGUCUCUCCUAGUUCAAGCACCGGCGCCUUUCAGCCUUUCGAUGUCAAGAAUGAGAUCGUCAUUGACGGCAGUAAAAACACGACCGUGGAAUCAAAAGCAUGCAGGCUGGGGCUUCCCGAGCUGGAUGUUACUUCGCAAGAGAAUAUUGAUAUCAUCCAGGCUGUCUGUGAAAAUUACAAUGUGAUAGAUGUGAAAGAUAUGAAGCAAGAACCAAUGGAUGUAGAUUUGCUUCAGAGCAUCAGCUUUCAAAGCAAUGAGUCCUUGCAAAGUACAUCCCCUACAUUAAAAAACAGCAUAAGAAUUGAAAAGUGUAUGUCAGAAGAUUCUGACAUAUCAGUUGAAAAACUGGUGUCAUCCAUCGAAGUCAGAGAAGAGGAUAAUAUUUUUGCAUCUGUUGAUCUCAAGGAAACUUCAGAAUUGCUCCUCUGUGAUGAUGAUCUUCCCAAAAAGAUAGAUAUAGAUACUUGUGAUAACUCCAUUUCGAAUAUUUGUGCCGAUCUUGCUGAAAAAAGUGUAGAAUUGGAAGAAGAUCGCGGGCAAACCAGCAGAAAGUUUUACAAAAGUCGAAUGCCAUCUCGGAAAAGCAUUUCGGCCGAUGAAGAUCCACUGGAAAGUAUAAGUGAAACUAUUGCCCUUAUUUCUCCUGCACAAACAGCCAAGAAGGUGUCUAAUGAGCCUUUGGUUGAAACCUCAGCAUGUAUGGACACAUCUCCCCCCCAAUCAAUCCCAGAAACAAAAGUCACUGUUAAGGUAGAAGCUAAAUCUCCUGCUGCCAAAAAACCAAGACUCUUUGAAAAGACAACUCCAACUAAAGAUAAAAAGGAGCUGAGUGAAGAUGAAACAACCCCUUCUGCUAGACGAUCAGGAAGAAGAGCCAAAAAAGGGAGAGGUAAAAGUAACCUGAAAGCACUUCCCGUGAAGCCAGAUCCGAAAGAUCAGUAUGAGUUUUCUGAAAGUACAGAAGAAAAUUCAGUUGGUUACCAAGCUGCUAAUACGCUAUGCUAUAUGCCUCGAAUAAAGGACGAUGGUAAAAUAGAAGAUGUAAAAAAACUGAAUGAGGAUUCUGAAGAUAGUCGUGCUACAACGCUGGAGUCCCCAGUGGAAAAAAACUUUUUUAGUACUCCUUUAAGGAAGCAAGCGAAGCCUAGUACUACUUCUCCAUCUUCAGGAAGAAGGAAUCUUUUCCCCUCUGAUGAAGAAAGGAUGUCUGAUUCUUUAACAUCUGAUGAAGCCUCUAAUCCAACCCUUGGUGAGGAAGGACUGAAAAAAUGGAGGGAAAGCAGCGAGAAAAGGGAUGACACAACAAAGGAGUUAGAUGACAGUCAGCAGCCUUCUAAACAUACUGAAUCUCCCAAGAGAAAAACACAAAAUAAAAGAAGUUCACCAGUUAAAGCUGAUUCACCACCAAAAAAAGUGGAAAAAAAAGUUCCAAGCUCUGAUGUAGAAGAAUCAUCAGUGUGUUCCAGAGACUCUGAAGACAUUAGUAAUAAUGCUACUUGGUGCAGAGAAGAUGCAGAAUCGUCUGACGUCAAGGAUUCAAAUAUUGCAUCAGUUGAUAUGGAAGCAGAAGCUGACAGUCGUAUGUCGCUUUCGGUCACCACCGAAUCUGAAAAACAAAUGGAUGACGUCGAAGGCUGCGAGUCUUUGCCUGGCUCUGUCAUGACUGAGUUUUCACCUCUUCCUUCCAAUGACGCAAAAGAAGAUAAAGAUGUGUCGCAGUCGGGAAAGCGAGACUGGUAUCCUGGAUCUAGCCCUAAAAGUUCAGAACCUGUGUCACAGAGUUCUGAAGAAUCGGAAGAUUCUGAAUCGGAUACCUGGGAGAACCAACAAAAUAAAGGCUCGUCACGUUCUACAGGACAGCGAUCACGAGUCAAAAGGAAGGAAAAGGAAUCUCCACAAUAUAAAGCCUGGAAGAAAGCCAUUCAUAUAGUUUUAAGUGAAGCUUCAGCUCAUAAGUACGCAAAUAUAUUUUUGCAUAAAGUGACGAAUGAUGUUGCUCCAGGAUACCACAGUGUUGUCAACAGGCCCAUGGAUCUCUCCUUAAUAAAGAAAAAUGUUGAUAAUGGUGUCAUUACGACGACUGAAGAAUUCCAUAGAGAUAUGAUGCUAAUGUUUCAAAAUGCCAUCAUGUACAAUAAUCGUAACCACGCCGUGUAUCGUGUUGCUGUUGAAAUGCAAAGAGAUGUUAUUCAUCAAAUACAGGCCUUUUUAACAACACAAGCAAAUGAUAAAGAGGAAAGUGUUGAGACAUCUCUGAGAGGAGCCAGAACAGCAAAAGCACAGAAAGGAUAUUCUAGUGCCUUGAAACCAAAAGAUGAAGCUGAAUGAAAACGGACAUAUUUGCUGCAGUACAGAAAAAGCAAGAUUCAUAACAGAUUUCAUAAGAGGGGAUCUGCUAGCUUGUAGUUUGCACUAUUAUGUAGUCGAUUUUUUAAAGAAUGUUGGUAUAAAAUUUAAAAGGCUAUGAAUCUUAUUUUCCUGCCUAGUAACAGGAAGCUUUGUCAGCAUAUAUAAACAAGUUUAAAAUUACAUUUAGUAUUCUACCUUUAUCAUUCAGCUUACAAAUCUGUUGUAAAUAUAUUUGAAUAAAUUGUU